GGAUGCAAUCCUUACUUUCUGAUGACUGGCCUUUUCUCCGAGCUUGCUUGAAGUAUCCUCACUUCACUCCGCACUUCACUCCGGUUAGUUAAACAGAAUCUUCUAAGCGUUGAUCAAUUCUGUGCGAGGGCUUUCUGAGGGUGUUUCUUUUGAAGUCGAUUUUGCUCAAGGCUAAACUUGUUCUUAAUGGACUUGUCUUAGCGAUUCUGUUCUCUGGGAAGCAGAAGAGUGCAGUUCUGACAGUCGACUAACUGAUACUUACAACUGAAAAAUUCUAAGUACAAUUUAUCUACGGUGGUACUCUAAAUUUCUAAUUUGUACAAGAUAAUCAAAAUCUAAAUACAAUUUAUUCCUUACAAUCAUAAUUGUGUAGAGUAACGAGCAAUCAUCGGUGCUUCUGAGUAGUCGAUACUAUUCGCUACUCGGCCUUUGACGUACAUUAACAACUUAACUUGCAAUCUUUUUGCAUAAAUGAGAUGAAAUCCCACAUCCCUUAUCAUCAUAGAUUUUUCCAUUGCAUGAAAAAUAUCAUGAGACAAUGAGGAGUUGUGAUAAUCUCUAGUCAUGUACUUACGUCUUAUUGCUAGAUUAAUAUUGUAGAAUCGACCACUACAAUUGAACAAGAUGGAAUGCAACUAAUUGUAACGUGUGUACGGAGGACAGAGAAUUCUGUUAGUAAUCAGGGACAUGUGGCACACGAUCCACAACAAGUGGGAGUCAGGCACAACUCUCGCGUGAUGAAAGAGAAUAUAAUGCUGAAAGAUUACGCGAUGGGGUCAAGUUGCAGUACACUGAAGAUGGAUCUCUGGAGCCAACCAGUUUAAUUGUUCCUUGUUUUUCUUCUUCUUAAUGUUUGAGACUUGUUGCCAGACAAUUGUGGCUAUUUAUAAAUUGUAAACGUACUGUUGUCGUAUACUCUGUUAGUAUUUCGUUUCAUUGGUGCUUUCAUUAUACUUCCAUGGCUGAGGGCACUCGUUUGAAGGAACUGCAAACGGACAUUCGUACACACGCGGACGAUAUUCAUCGCAUCGGCCAAACAAUGGAUAUACGCUAUCAGGAGCAAAAUGAUAAGAUGAUGCAAAUUUAGACAUCUAUGGAGCAAAUUCAAUUGGCGGUGAAUCAGUUGCAAAGUGCUUCUCAACCACCUGGGAGUUCCACGAGCUCUGGCUCUCCAUUUGUUUCACCGAUGACAGCUUCUUUGCCUAUUAGAGAGAUUUCUCUGGGAUUUCCACACUUUGAUGGCACCACACCAGUUAUGGAAUGGAUUUUUAAAGCAGAAAAAUUAUUCUCUUAUCACAAUACUCCAGAUGCUGCUCGAGUGGACAUUGCUGCAAUGCAUUUUGACACGGACGUUGUCGCCUGGUUUCAAAUGUCCCAAAAAUUAUCCAUUGUAUCUACAUGGAAGGAGUUGAUUCAUGCCUUGGAAUCACAAUUUGGUCCUUCCCCUUUUGAUUGUCCAAUGAUUGAGCUCUUUACACUGCAACAAACAGGUUCGGUAUCUGAUUACUACCUCCACUUUACAUCAUUAGCUAAUAGAUCAUUGGGAUUGAGUGAUGAGGCCUUCCUUAACUGCUUUAUUAGUGGGUUAAAUAAGGAUUUAAGACGAGAUGUUGUUGCUAUGUGUCUCCCCACCUUAAUACGUGCAGUUGCGUUAGCUAAACUCUAUGAAGAUAAAUAUAGCCCUGUUUCCAUGCCAAUUAGACAUGUUCCUACCCCAAAAUAUUCCACUAUAUCUUCUAUGCCUGUUCCUACUCUUCAUCAGCCAAAACCACAAGUCAAAGCAGGGUUGCCUCCAUUUUUACCUACUCCACCCGGGCCAACUUUAAGAAAUCCAAAUGUUAGAAGGAUUACUCCAGCUGAAAUGCAAUUGAGGCGGGAAAGAGGCUUGUGUUAUUUCUGUGAUGAGAAAUUCUCUUUUAACCCUAAAUAAAUGCCCUAAUAAGCAAGUUCUGUUAUUACAAAUAGAAGAGGACAAUAAGGAAGAACCAUGCAAUGUAGCGGAAUUUGAAGCUAUUCAGGAAAUUGAGACAGUAGAACCUGCAGAUCAUCAUUUAUCUUUGAAUGCCUUGAAAGAGGGGAUGGGGGCUGGUACUAUCAGAUUCAUUGCUUAUAUUGAUAAAUUACCUAUAACUGUUUUGUUGGAUAGUGGCAGCUCUGACAAUUUCUUGCAACCUCGAGUGGCAAAGUUUCUAAAACUUCCUGUCGAACCAGCUCCUCAAUUUAAAGUAAUGGUUGGCAAUGGAAACUACAUGUCUUCCGAAGGAGUGGUUAAGAAUUUGAGGGUCCAAGCUCAGGGCAAUGCUUUUCAGUUACAGGCAUUUUUGCUUCCCAUAUCGGGUGCAGACUUAAUUUUUGGAGCUAGUUAGCUGAAGUCUAUUGGUCCCCACAUUGCGGACUAUGAUGCAUUACAAAUCAAAUUUAUGUGGAAGGAUAGAUUCAUUACACUGAAUCUAUUGCUGAAGGGGGAUGGUGCAUUACUAAAGGGGGAUGGUGCCUUAGUUCCUGAGCAGGCUCAAUUACAUCAAAUACGGAGAAUGGUAGAAACUAAUUCUAUUGCUGAAGUUUAUUCGUUACAGAUUGAGGAGCCAGAGGUAGUUUAUUCUAUUGCUGAACUGGGUCGAUUAUUGCACACUUACCAGGAUGUUUUUGCAGAGCCUAGCAGUUUACCUCCUCCAAGAUCUCAUGAUCAUUUUAUUCCCUUAUGGGAGGGGUCUCAACCUGUGAAGGUUAAACCUUAUAGGUAUCCUCAUAGUAAAAAAGAAGAAAUAGAGCAAUUGGUAUCCGGGAUGUUGAAAGAAGGUAUUAUCCAGCCGAGUAAGAGCCCUUUUUCAUCCCCUAUUAUCUUGGUCAAAAAGAAAGAUGGUCAUGGAGAGUAUGUACUGACUACAGGGCUUUGAAUGCUAUCACUAUCAAGGAUAGUUUUCCUAUUCCUACGGUGGAUGAACUGAUUGAUGAACUUUUUGGAGCUUCAUUCUUUUCUAAGCUCGAUUUAAGGUCUGGUUAUCAUCAAAUAUUGCUUAAACCUGAAGAUAGACACAAGACAGCAUUUCAGACUCAUCAAGGUCAUUAUGAAUGGUUGGUUAUGCCUUUUGGAUUGACUAACGCACCUACCACCUUUCAAAGUCUUAUGAAUGAAAUCUUUAUGGGGCUGUUAAGAAAAUUUGUUUUGGUUUUCUUUGAUGAUAUUCACGUGUACAGUACUACAUGGGAAGAUCAUUUACAUCAUUUGGAAGUGGUUUUGGGCAUCUUAAAACUACAACAAUUAUUUGCCAAAUUUUCAAAGUGUUGUUUUGGAGUUCAGCAAAUUGAUUAUUUGGGACACACUCUUUCUGGCUCAGGUGUUGCUAUGGAUACCAACAAAUUAGAAGUUGUCCAACUGUGGCCUGAACCUCAUUCACUGAGACAGUUACGAGGAUUUCUUGGUCUCACGGGUUAUUACCGACGAUUUGUCAAAUCUUAUGCUAGCAUUGCAGCUCCCUUAACAGAUUUAUUAAAGAAAGAUUCUUUCAAAUGGACUUCAACUGCAUCUGAAGCAUUUCAGCAACUUAAGAUAGCCAUGACAUCUGCACCGGUGUUUGCUAUUCCCAAUUUCAAGGAGAUAUUUGUACUAGAAACCGAUGCUUCGGGAACUGGAGUGGGUGCAGUCCUAAGCCAGAAUAAGCAUCCUAUUGCUUACUUUUCAAAAAAGUUGUCCUUAAAAAUGCAAAGACAAUCUGCUUAUAUAAGAGAAUUUUAUGGUAUAACUGAGGCUUUAGCCAAAUUCAGACACUACCUCUUGGGCCACAAGUUCGUAAUUAAAAUAGAUCAGAAGAGUCUUGAAGAGUUGCUUGAACAACGCCUUCAAACUCCGGAACAACAGCAAUGACUUCCUAAAUUUCGAGGCUAUGACUUUACGAUUCAAUAUAAACCUGGGAGUGAAAAUAUAUCGGCUGAUGCUUUAUCCAGAAGCUUCUUGAUGGCAAUGUCAGCUCCUAUGCACUCAUGGAUUAACAAGGUAAUUGACUCAACUAAGAAGGACCCAACAUUAUCCAAGAUUUAUCAAGAAUGUUUGCAGGGUCAAUCUUCCAAAUCUGAAUAUCAGAUUCAGAAUGGGUUAGUGCUAUUUAAAGAUAAAAUAAUGCUCCUCUGGAUCGGGAGUUGUUCCAGAUUAUGCAUGAAUUUCAUGAUUCUAAGAUUGGCGGUCAUUCGGGGAUUAACCGCACAUUGGCUCGAAUAGCUGCGCAGUUUUAUUGGGAGGGUAUGCGAAAUGAUAUUCAUCGGUUUGUACGAGAAUGUGCUAUUUGUGAGCAAGCCAAGACUGAUCACGCGUUACCAACAGGGCUGUUACAGCCACUUCCUAUUCCUCAACAAAUCUGGGAGGAUAUAGCGAUGGAUUUUAUUGUGCAAUUACCUUCUUCCCAAGGUUUUACAACUAUUAUGGUGGUUGUUGAUAGACUAUCCAAGUUUGGCUAUUUUAUUCCGUUAAAAUCUGAGUUUAAUAGCAAAAUGGUGUCUGAAGCUUUCAUCUCUGACAUUGUUAAAAUACACGGGUUCCCUAAAACCAUUGUCUCUGAUCGAGACAAAAAUUUUAUUAACAGCUUCUAGCAACAUUUAUUUAAAGCUCAAGGAACAACACUUGCAAUGAGCUCCUCUUAUCACCCUCAGACCGAUGGCCAGACUGAGAACCUAAAUAAAACUCUCGAGAUGUAUCUCAGGUGUUUUGUCUUUGAAAAUCUUAAACAAUGGGUGACUAUGCUUCCUUGGGCCCAAUUCUGGUAUAAUACUUCAUUCCAUCAAAGCUUGGGUAUGACACCAUUUCAAGCUGUUUGUGGUAGCCUUCCACCUAGUAUACUACGCUAUGAGAAUGAUCCGAAGGAUAACAGGUCUGUCAAAGAAUUAUUACAGCAGCGAGAUCAGCUUUUAGAUAAACUCAAGGCCCAGUUAUCUCGAGCUCAACAAUACAUGAAAAUGCAAGCUGACAAAAGCGCAUGGAUUUACAAUUUUAGGCGGGUCAGUUGGUUUUGGUUAAGCUGCAGCCUUAUAGGCAACAUUCAUUAAGUUUGAGAAAGAACCAAAAAUUGGGCAUGCGCUAUUUUGGUCCCUUUCCGAUCAUUGAGAAAAUCGGCUUUGUUGCUUAUAAAUUACAGCUUCCUCAACCUGCCAAAAUACAUCCGGUAUUUCAUAUUGCUCUUUUAAAACCAUUCCAUGGAUCAACCUAUCAACCGUAUCUUCCGUUUCCAAUCACAUCUAAUGAGUUGGGUCCAGUGAUUAGCCCCUGUAAAGUGUUGGAUGUCCGCGUUGUGAAGCGUUUAGAGACCUUGGUGUCUCAAUUGUUGAUUGAGUGGGAAGCAACUACUGCUAAGGAUGCAACAUGGGAAGACUUGCAAGACAUCCGAGAAUCUUAUCCUCAAUUCAACCUUGAGGACAAGGUUGUUUUCGAUGUGGAGGGUAAUGUAGCGUGUGUACGGAGGACAGAGAAUUCUGUUAGUAAUCAGGGACACGUGGCACACGAUCCACAACAAGUGGGAGUCAGGCACAGCUCUCGCGUGAUGAAAGAGAAUAUAAGGCUGAAAGAUUACGCGAUGGGGUCAAGUUGGAGGUGAAGAAUACUGCUGCAGUACACUGAAGAUGGAUCUCUGGAGCCAACCAGUUUAAUUGUUCAAUGUUUUUCUUCUUCUUAAUGUUUGAGACUUGUUGCCAGACAAUUGUGGCUAUUAAUAAAUUGUAAACGUACUGUUGUCGUAUACUUUGUUAGUAUUUCGUUUCACUAAUCCUCAUAAUAUGUACUACCAUUUCAUUUGAAGUUAGAGAAAAUGGUCAAUUGUUGUUAGGAAUUGGGCUUAAUAGACUGUUGGGAAUUGGGCCUAAUAGACUAAGAAUAAUAAUAAGUGUAUUAGUUAGUAUAAAUAAACUAAAUUGGGGAGAAGUCAAGGGGAUUUUGAGACAUUUUAAUCUGGGAUUUUGGGAAGAUCGAGAACUUUCUCUUUCUUUUGGGGGGCUACGGCUCAUUGGGGGCUUCGGCCAUUGUUACGGAACUUUUCUUCUUCAAUAACAUUUCAGUUGUUUUGCUUAAUAUCUUCUGUGGAUUUUCUGCACAUCAGGAGCUUGUUUUAUCAUUGGUAUCAGAGCACGUAGAUUCUGUGGAUGGUCUGGACACGGACAAAGAUGGAUUUGCGGAUGAAUGAGUUGGAGAAUAACCACAACAGAUUGGAUGAUAAGGUGGAUAGGAAUCAUCAACAAACGACAGAGAUGUUGGCAACGAUUAUGGCCAGAUUGGAUGCAAGCGAUCGAGAUCGAUCGAGAAGUAGGUCGCAUCGCUCAUCUGCAUCGCAUCGCACUUCUCACCUUCAUCAUUCGCGACACUCAGCGAGUUCUGAGAACUCAGAAGGGUACGACAACCGUUCACCACCACACCGCCAUCACCAUCGCCGCAGGGGACAUGAUCACCACCAACGAACUGGAAGAAAAAUUGACUUACCAAUUUUUAACGGAGAAGAUGUUAUGGGAUGGCUGGUAAGAAUGAACCGUUAUUUCCGCCUGAAUCAUACGGAGGAAGAAGACAAAAUUGAUGUUGCCGUGAUAGCCAUGGAAGACCAGGCACUGAGCUGGUUCCAAUGGUGGGAAGGCCAGGCUCAUCACCAGACUUGGUAGAGUUUUACGAAGGAUCUAAGCAAACGUUUUCAACCAAAUUUGGUGCAGGAUCCUCUGCGAUCUUUGUUUAGUUUGAAGCAAAAAGGGACGGUGAAGGAGUACAGAGAUAAGUUUGAAGUUGCUAUAGCUUCGCAGGGGCAUCUGACUGAGGAGGUACUUAGAGGAGUGUUCCUCAAUGGGUUGAAACGAGAUGUAAGGGCUGAAUUGAAAUUAUAUCCUACAAGAACCCUAGCUGCUGUCAUGGACACAACUUCCUUGAUUGAAAACAAGAACUAUGAAGCCAACAUCAUAAAGAAUAAAGAUGAGGGAAAGAAGAUUCUGAAAAUAAAUUCAGCAGGUGGACAGAGGUAUCAUAAAUGGGGAGAUGGUAGUAGAAAUAGUUAUAAUCUGACAUCUACAAAUCAUUGAAGGAUCAAGUUCUGUCUCCAAGAAUACAUGCCCCAGAUUAUCACAGAAUGAGCUGCAAGAAAGAAGUAAGAAAGGGUUAUGUUUUAAAUGUGGUGAAAACUGGAAUCGGGGUCACAUUUGUAGAACGAAAUUUUUUAAAAUAAUGAUGGUAGAACAAUCUGAAGGGGAGGAAGAAUCUGAGACUGACUUUAGUAAAGAACAAAAAGAAGAAGGAAUUCUUAUGGAAGCUAAGACUAUGCAAUUAUCUGUGUUGAACAAAGAAGGAACGCCACUCAUGAGAACAUUCAAAGUCCUGGGAAAUCUGAAAUGGCUGAUUGAGGAAAAGAAGGUGCAUAUUUUGAUUGAUUGUGGAGCUACUCACAAUUUUAUUUCACAGAAGAUUGUUGAGGAAUGGAAGAUACCUUUUGAUUGCAUUACGGGGAAUAAAGUGCAGCUAGGGAAUGGGGAAUUUCUUCCCAACUAUGGUAGGUGUGAUGGGUUAACAGUGGUUGUACAAGGAAAUGAAAUUUUGCAAAAAUUUUACAUUCUGCAAUUGGGGGGAGUGGAUGUAGUGCUGGGAAUGAGCUGGUUAACUGGCCUAGGGGAUAUGGCAGUUAACUUUCAAAAUCAGACCAUCAAAUGGGAGGUACAGGGGCAGAAGGCUAGUAUACAAGGAGAUCAUCAACUAUGAAUAAAUAAGGAGAUGAAGAGCUUGGUGAAUAAGAGAGGAGAAGGAAACUUUCUGAACUAUCAUGUGUUAUCUAUUGAUAUUGAAGAAGAAAGUGUUCAAAAGCAAGAAGUUGCUGUCCUCGAUGUUGCAGCAGGUGGUGACUUCACCUCCACAGAAUCUGAAAGAACCAAAUUACAAAAACAAAUGUCAUGGCAUCUGUGUAAAUCCACUGUGAAAUACAUAGGGAAGAAGAUGGAAGCAGCAAAACUAAAAGUCCAGCAAUCCAUCCAGUAUUGGAAAGGGAGAGGUGCUAGGAUGAAGGAAAAGAAGAAGAUGGUGGUUGUGUUCUCUCGCCCACCUUGAGGGCAAGGUGGAUGUUUAGGGGGGGGAGAAUUGUUAGGAAUUGGGCUUAAUAGACUGUUGGGAAUUGGGCCUAAUAGACUAAGAAUAAUAAUAAGUGUAUUAGUUAGUAUAAAUAGACUAAACUGGGGAGAAGUCAGGGGGAUUUGAGACAUUUUAAUCUGGGAUUUUGGGAAGAUCGAGAACUUUCUCUUUCUUUUGGGGGGCUACGGCUCAUUGGGGGCUUCGGCCAUUGUUACGGAACUUUUCUUCUUCAAUAACAUUUCAGUUGUUUUGCUUAAUAUCUUGUGGAUUUUCUGCACAUCGGGAGCUUGUUUUAUCAAUUGUCAAAUAAGCUUUCGAACUAGUGGCAAUUUAACAAUUGGGUCUUGAAUCAGAUGACUUUAAGAUAUACACUACUUCACCCAUUGAAAAACAACAAUUUAGGCUUUUUUACCCGUUGGGUGCUGGUAAGGAAAUGUGAUCUGGUUAUUUCCUAAUUCCUAGUGGGAUACUGGGAUGUUACCGGUACCAAAUAGGUAAAAAGGCUCAAUUGCUUUUUCUCGAUUGGUUGAGUGGUGUAUUUGUAAUGGUAUUUGGUUCAGGGACUCAAUUGCAAAAUUGCUAUUAGUUCGAGACUACGAGGGCUUAUUUGACCAUUUUCUCUAAAAGUUUUAAAUAUUAACCAUUAUUAAAGUUACCUACAUUGGAGUGACGUUCAUUGUCAUUCUUCACUAUGAUUCAACAAGUUCUCCACAUUUAAAACCCAUUCAAUUGGGAGCAUAUCCAUAGAGGAGUUAGACACUCAGACUUAUCCCCCCCCUGUAAAAUCACUGCAUGAUGCUUUCAGCACUGCUCAGAAUUUAUUAUAUGACAAGACUCCAAAGCUGCUGCAAGCUUUGCUUCUUGCUUAUUACGUUUAGUGUGACUUCAUUAUCAUGUCUUUUUUUCAUUUUAAGGAGGGGCAUGGGUAGUUACGGACUUACGGCUUAUUUUAUUAUGUUUUGCACUCUUCUAUUUCAAGUUGAAGAUUUACUGUUAUAAUUUCAUCUGUGGGACUUUCGCUAAAUGUGCUCAACUACAUAAUUUCAUUCAUCCAGUCAACUUUAAUUUUAUAAUCAUUAUUUGUAUUGUUGUUGUUGUUGAUGAUGGUCUUGCUGCUGUUGUUGUCAUGAUUAGUGUUAUUAUUUUGAGAUAGUUCUCUUAAUAUGCUUACUUCACAAAAACAGAAUGUGAUAAACCAAUUUUCUCGGAUACUUCAAGAUCAACGCUGCUCACUCUUUGGAAAUGUAUCUCUUGGGUCGCUGAUAUCCUUGGCUGAGCUGCGUGAUCUAUAUGAUGUGGUAGUGCUUUGCUAUGGUGCUGAAGGUGACCGAGAACUUGGCAUUCCUGGAUUUGUCAGGGAUAUAUCCUGCUAGAGACUUUGUCUGGUCGUAUAAUGGGCAUCCUGACUGCAGAUACUUGGCUCCAGAUUUGAAGAACACUGAUACAGCUGUUAUUGUUGGUCAGGGAAAUGUCGCUCUUGAUAUGGCCCGUAUGCUUUUGCGACCAACAGCAGAGUUGGCAAAAACUGAUAUCGCCUCACAUGCCUUGGCUGCUCUAGAAGAGAGUUCUAUAAGAAAAGUUUAUGUUGUUGGCAGACGUGGACCGGUGCAAGCAUCUUUCAUUGCAAAGGAGUUGCGUGAAACUCUUGGUAUCAAGAAUUUGUUCAUUCACAUUGACAGAGCAGACCUGCAUAAAACUCCUGCUGAUGAGGAUGUACUCAAGAAUAAUCGGAUCAAUAGGAGAGUUCAUGAGUUGCUGUCUCAGGCAGCUACUCCUACACCUUUAUUCCCUUCUCCUGGACAACGUGAACUGCACUUUAUUUUCUUUCGAAAACCAGAUAGGUUUUUAGAAUCAGAUGCUAGGUCUGGUCAUGUGGCUGGGGUGCACUUUGAGCGAACAACUCUUAGAGAUGUCGGAUCUGGAAAACAGAUUGCAGUUGGUAUAGGACAGUUUGAGGACAUGAGAUGCGGGCUGGUUUUGAAAAGCAUUGGUAAUAAGUCAAUAUGUGUAGAUGGCUUACCUUUCGAUCACAAGAAUGGCAUAGUUCCAAACAUUAGCGGUCGUGUCCGAAGUGAUUCUACAUGUCUUACAGAGGUUGAGAAGGGUUUAUAUGUAUGUGGUUGGUUGAAAAGAGGAGCAACUGGAAUCAUCGGUACCAAUCUUUACUGUGCUGAAGAGACUGUUGCUAGCAUCUGUGAGGAUAUCAAGAAAGGAAUUCUGCCAUCUGACUUUUCUUCAAAGCCAGGGAAGAAGGGCCUUCUUGAACUACUAGAUACAAGAAGCUCAGUAGCCGUCGCAUCUGAAGAGAAGAGAGAGGGUGUUUGAGAGAUGAUUUGGUUUUGAAAGAUCAUCCAUCUCCAAGUGCAACUGCUCAUUUUUUGAAGAUUGAAGUAAUAAGAUCUUUUACCUUCACAAGACGAAGCAGAAAUAGAUAAUGUAUUGACAGUCCCUCGGAACUGGAAGACACUAGUGCAGAAUGUGAAAAGUUCAUCUGGACCUCGAUCUGGACAGCCAAGAAAAAUAAAAUACAUGUUUGGAAUUAAAGUUAUCUUCAUUUAGAAUGUUCAUUUGUAUUUAUUUACUUAUUUUUUCGUUUGUUUGUUUUGGCUCUGUAAAUUUCCAACUUUCCUUCUUCUAUCCAUGUUGUUUUGAAUCUUUUG